AUGUCUCUCGCAUGUGACAUCCUGCUGACUGUCACGCAGAGUCUAUCCACAAUCGUCAACAUGAUAGUCUUCGUCUGUGUCCCAGCCUGGGGAGAAUGGGUAGCCUAUACGGCUUGGGGACUCUGGAUGGCAGACGCAAUCCUCUCCUUACUCUGCGCUCUAUAUCUCCCGUUCCUCCUCAUCAAAAAGACAGAAAAGACACCGCUCUCGGCAAUAACAGCACUCCUCCUAUUCCCCGUAAUCGCUCCCGUCGUCGCCUCCGCCACCGCUGGUGUCAUCUCGGGCUCCAUCCCUAAUCCCCAACAAGCCCUCGCCACCGUCAUCAUCGGCUAUGUCCUCUGGGGCCUCGGCGUGCCGUCGUCCAUGUUCAUCCUCAUCCUCUACUUCCAGCGUCUAGCCAUCCACAAACUCCCACCCCGAGAAGUCAUCGUCAGCUGUUUCAUCCCCCUGGGUCCCUUGAACAUGGGUAGCUUUGCCAUCAUGAAGCUAGGCCAGGUCGCGAUGGAAGUAUUUCCGCAGACUAAAACCGUCCAUCCACUCGCCGGCGAUCUGGCCUAUAAUCUAGGCGUACUCUUGUCUCUGGCCAUGUGGGGAUUUACUUUGCUGUGGUUAUUCCUGGCUGUCGCAGCGAUUUAUCAUUGCAAAUAUUUUCCUUUCAAUAUGGGCUGGUGGGGAUUUACGUUUCCAAUCGGUACAUUCGCUCUAUCGAGUAAUGUCCUUGCAAUAGAAAUCCCAUCGAGAUUCUUCAGGGUUAUUGGAUCCAUGACGUCGAUCUGUGUUUUCCUGCUCUGGCUUCUCGUCUCUGCCGCCACGAUACGAGAUUUAAUUACUGGGGGAAAGAAGCUUUUCAAUGCACCGCCUUCGGCUGACCCUGUUACAAAAUCUUCAGAACAAUUAGAAGAUACGGGUGAAAAACUAGCCUGA